GUGUGGGUGCUUGACUGCCAGUGGAGCCACCGUCUCCCUCUCAAGCGAAGUGCAAGCAGAGAUAUUAAGGCUGUUUACGUUGUCUUUUAACUUUUGAAGGGCCCGACGAACAGCGUGCUUGAAUGUCGCAAAGGCAUGACGGACUAUUUUGCGAAACCGAUCUCUAAAUGAACUGGAGCAAAACUGUGGCGUAAAGCGCAAUGAAGACACAGUCAGACGUUCACUGGUGAUUGGAGCUGGGUAAGCAGUGAUGAUGCGUUGUCUGGCAGCCCGUGUCCAUUACAAGACCCUGAUAGUGAUCUGUGCUCUACUCUCUCUGCUCACGGUCGUUUUGUGGAACAAGUGCACGAGCGAGAAAGCGCUCCGCACCCUGCCCCGACACCCCCAGCCCCCUCCCAGCCCUAAAAUAGACAGCCAUCCGCAGCAGCCCCAGCCCCCCGAACCUCCACCUGUGGUCGGCGGAGUGCGCUACGAAGAGAUCGACUGCCUGAUCAAUGACGAUGCCACCAUUAAGGGUCGCCGAGAAGGCAGUGAGGUAUACCUGCCCUUCAGCUGGAUGGAGAAGUACUUUGAGGUGUAUGGCAAGGUGGUACAGUACGACGGCUACGAUCGAUUUGAGUUUUCGCACAGUUACUCCAAAGUAUACGCCCAGAGAGAGCCGUACCACCCCAGUGGAGUCUUCAUGUCCUUCGAGGGGUAUAACGUGGAGGUGCGUGACAGAGUCAAGUGCAUCAGUGGAGUGGAAGGAGUACCUUUGUCCACCCAGUGGGGCCCUCAAGGGUAUUUCUAUGCUAUUCAGAUAGCUCAGUAUGGCCUGAGUCAUUACAGUAAGAACCUGACAGAGCGUGCACCACACAUGGAGGUGUAUGACACAGCGGAGGAGAGAGACAGCAGGUCCAGUGCGUGGACUGUCCCUAAAGGCUGUUCUCUCACCAGAGUCUAUGACAAGACCAGAGCCACAUCAGUACGACAGUUCAGCACUCCAGAAAAUUCAGAGGGCGUCUCACUUCCUCUUGGCAACACUAAAGAUUUCAUCAUCUCUUUUGACCUGAAGUUUGCAUCUAACGGUAGCGUCUCCGUCAUCUUGGAGACUACAGAGAAAGGUCCUCCGUUUGUUAUCCGCUACGUCACCACCACUCAGCUCAUUUCUUUUAAGGACCGUGAAAUCACCUACGGGAUUGGCCCGCGGACAGCAUGGACCACGGUCACCCGUGACCUUCUCACAGACCUCCGCAAAGGCAUCGGCCUCUCCAACACCAAAGCGGUCAGGGCCACCAAAACCAUGCCACGGCGUGUCGUAAAGGUAUUGGUGCACGGCCACGGGUUGAUAGACAAUAUCACAAUCUCCACUACUUCGCACAUGGCGGCUUUUUUUGCUGCUAGCGACUGGUUGGUGCGCAAUCAGGACGAGCGUGGCGGUUGGCCGAUCAUGGUGACUCGUAAACUUGGGGAGGGUUUCCGUGCUCUGGAGCCGGGUUGGUAUUCGGCAAUGGCACAGGGCCAGGCCAUGUCCACUCUAGUGCGUGCCUAUCUAAUGACAAAAGAUGACACGUACCUAAAAGCUGCCCUGCGUGCCACCGGACCUUUUAAACUGCCGUCGGAGCAGCACGGUGUCAAAGCUGUGUUCAUGAACAAGUAUGACUGGUACGAGGAGUACCCCACAAUCCCUAGCUCCUUCGUUCUGAACGGGUUCAUCUAUUCCCUCGUAGGCCUGUAUGACCUGGCACAAACGGCGGGUGAGAAGCUCGGUCGGGACGCAGGUCAGCUGUACAGCAAGGGGAUGGAGUCUUUAAAAGUUAUGCUGCCCCUGUACGACACAGGGUCGGGCACCAUCUAUGACUUGCGCCACUUUAUAUUGGGCACAGCGCCCAAUCUGGCCCGUUGGGAUUACCAUACGACGCACAUCAACCAGCUCCAGUUGCUGGGCACUAUUGACAACUCGCCCAUCUUCAGGGACUUCAUCAAGCGCUGGAAGAGCUACCUGAAAGGAGGGAGGGCCAAGCACAACUAGAGCGGAGCACACCUCUACGAUCUCUUCAGGCUCUAACUUCCUCUUCCCAACUGCCACCACGAGGGCCACUGUGUCUAGCAAGGAGAAUGAACGGCUGAACACUUCAGAUUUUUCUGUUUGAGACAGUAAUUGCAGUGCUUCUUGUGUCUGUGGUGAGGUUUUAAUUAGGUACAAACGCAGCUGCUUGCAGCAUGUGUCUGGAUAAGGAAGAGGGAGGGCUUAGGUAUUUAAAAUUCAAAGCUCCAGAUCUGCAGGUUUGAGUGAGAAACGCGUCUGCUGAGAUUUGCCACAUUUGGGCUCACUUCAGUCGAGACGAGGAAUGGCAAAGCAGCUUUCAGAACCUUCUUCCAAAGUAAAGCUCAAAAGAUAAUUAGUCACCAGUUGUCGGGAAAUAAAUCGUAGAGAACAAACUUUAGCUGCAAUAGUUAUUUAAGUUCAUAGCCUGUGAGUGGAACGCUAUUGAUAAAAAAAAAAUGCUGAAAAUGUCCUCAAGUGUAGCAUUGCUAUUUGUCACAGAGCACUGAAGGUUUACUCGCCUUUUGUUCAACCCACUGUCCAGCCUUUGGUCUGCAUUUCAUGAUCCCACAAUCAGAUUGAGCUGUCACUAAUGCGGCCCAGUCCUUCCCAUAAUGCACUUAAAGCUUUAGAGAGGUGGUCGCAGGUCACUUGCUUCAUGUUUACAACAGAUUUCAGGAAACAUAGCUGUAGUUUUUAAAGACACCGCUGUCCCGGAAUAACAAACGCAGAGGCUGCUUUUUGAGAAAUCUGAGGGACUCUGUAUGCUUGUGUAGCCGAGACGUCAAACCUCAGUUCAGUUGAGCUACAUGUAGAUUAGUCAUGCACUUUACUUGUGUGGCAUGCGUGUGUUUGGUGAAGAUGCGUUUAUACAACCAUGUGAUGAAUUUUGACUUCAUUUUUGACACCAGUACAGUUUUUUGUCCUCAUUCACUCUCAUGCCUUAAUGGCAGUCAAUCAUUUAUAAGGGAAUUUUCAAGUUUGUUCGUUUAUUACAAGUUUAUUGUAGCUGUACCCAUUUCCUUAAACCACAAUAUUUUCUUUUUGAUCAGGUGAUUCUUUUCUACAAUUUAUUUUUGGACAGCUGUAUUAUUUCUCUUGACAUUAUUUUUAUAAGCAACAACAAUUGCAGUAAUGUGAGGCAAAAGAAUGAAAAUGUUUUUCACAUUUAGAUCAAUGACUCGCAUCACAACCAAGCAAAAAUAUGCUGUUUCAUGUAUUAAGAAGAUACUAAUGAUCAGUACUUCCUCAUUAAAAUAGAAAUGAUUUGCAUGUAAGACUACAGCAUCUGUUUUUUGUGGGGUUUUUUUUUUUUUUUUUAUCCAAAAGCAUCUCCUAAUAUCCCAAAAAUCAUUCUUGACUAGUGCAGCCAAGUGUCUGAGACUGCAGAUGGAGUUCAAAAGAAUUUUGGCCAUCACUUCUGUCUGUUUUUCAGAGCGGUCAGCCGCUUGACCUCAGCAGUGAAAACUCCACCUGGCUGAAUCCUGUCGAUCUAAAUCUCACCUAACCGCAGCCGCAAAGAUGCCGAGAUUUUAUCCCUUUAUCUGGCAUCCCGCUGUUCUGAACCAUUUCAAACAGAUGUUCACAUUCCAGUGUGGGCUUUUGGCUUCUGAUUCUUUUUUUUUUUAAAUAAAUGUCAGAGAAGAAAAAUGUGGCAUUUCUGAAUGUUUGAUAUGAAAGCUUGCGUUUUGUUUGGCAGAGAUAGUUUAGAAACUAUGGGUGCCGACCUGAGGCGUAGCUUUUGUGUUAACUUUAUUUUUGGUUUCAAAACCACGUUUUCCCAUGAAAAUCAGGUUGCUUGUCAGAUCUCACAUAUGAUACUAUGCACAUUUCAUACUUGUCGCCAGUGGACAGACAGUUAUAUUUAAAGAGGAAAAGACAUGUUAGCAUGGAUGUUAGCGUGAUUGAAGCAGAGAGCUACGUUUAAUUUAUACUGUACCAAAGUCUUUAAAGUUUGGGUUAUUUUUAUCUGAAACUUUAGUUUUUGUAUUGUGCUUUAUGGAGUACCAUGGAGCUUUUGUCUAUUUUUUUUUUUUUUUUUAGUUUAGAAAGAUGAUGUGACUAAAGAAAUGCUUUGAGGUGGUAGUUUCAUGCCUUCUUCUUCCCGAAGAAAUGCCUUUUGAUACCGUUUUGUUUUUUUUCACCUUCAGUCUAGAUUUGUAUAAAAUUGAGUGGGUAUAGAAGGGAACUGGGAAUAUUAUUAAUCACUGCUACCAUGGGGAUGUGUGCAAAUCUUGAUGUAGAGUUAGCGCUCAGUGCUACAAUUUUCAAAAAGGGAAAAGAGAGACUUGGAACACUAUGUCUGUUCUUGAAAGCCUUGUUUCAAAGCAGCCU